CCGCACCGAGCCAGCAGCAAAAAGCUGACAAACCUCAAGAAAUUUACACAUAUAUAUAUCCAAUAAAGAUAUCUCACAGUUUAAUAACCACUGACAGGUCAGAAUAAUGACGGCUCUGAGCAGCUGGGAGCUGUGCGUCAAAUACGCCCUGUUCAUCUUUAACUUCAUCUGCUGGCUGGCAGGCAGUGGUGUGCUGGCUGUGGGACUAUGGCUGCGAUUUGACUCUAGGACAUCCGGACUGAUGGAUGUACAGGACUCGCCCUCAGUCUUCGUCACUGGUGUGUACAUCCUGAUCGCGGCGGGGGCUCUGAUGAUGAUCGUGGGUUUCCUGGGGUGCUGCGGAGCCAUCAAAGAGUCACCAUGCAUGCUGGGACUGUUCUUCGUCUGCUUGCUCCUCAUCUUCGCUGUGGAAGUGGCAGCUGGGAUCUGGGGCUUUGCGAACAGGGACCGGGUGGUGGAGGAAUUCACAGAGUUCUAUAAACAGACCUUCAGCAACUACAAGUCCACUGGACAGGAAGCACUGAAGGAGGCCCUUCGCAUCAUCCACUUCGGCCUGAACUGCUGUGGUCCAACAGGCACUGAGGGUACCAGAGAUAUGUGUCCCAAGAAGGAGGGAAUGGAUAUCCUCGUCACCACGAGUUGCCCAUCUGCCAUCGACGAGAUGUUCAACAACAGACAGCACAUCAUCGGCGGGGUGGGCAUCGGUGUCGGGGUCAUCACGAUCUUCGGGAUGAUCUUCAGCAUGAUUCUCUGCUGUGCCAUUAAGAGGUCCAGGGACUUUGUCUAACUUGCCACAAAAACACACUCAACCUGUGCAUCUUUAAUUCACACGUCCUCAUUUUUACACCUGCUGCUAACAGAUAGGUUUUCCCUUAGUUUACUGCUUGGAUCCAUACAGGAUGGCCCAUAGACCUGUGACAGUAUGGAGCCUGUGCAGUAAUGCUUCUGAAGUCUUUCAAUCUCUAGGGUGUGUUAGGAGGGUACAUCUGAAACAGGGUAAAUUCAACAAAUGGUGGUUGGUCAUCUGGUGCCCAGUGGGACAAGUUUAAAUCUCAGAACAAGUUGAUCAUGGGCAGGAAAACAUUUGUGCCUCUGCUGCCCUCUGGAGGAACAGCCGUCCUGUUUUCCUCUUUAGUUGAGUUUGUUUGCCUGUGCUGAGUUGUGAUCUAACAGGCUGUGUGCCGCUAACUGAAUUUUACUGUGCGACUCAUUUUAUUUUGAUUAUGAAGGUUAGAAGCUUUGAGUUUUAUAAAAGCAGAACUGUGUAGUUUUAUGCACAUUUUGAAAGCAGAUAAUGUACCUUUAAGAUGCCAAAUAAACAAACUGAUUUGUGUGAAA